AUGUUUCAGACGUGCACAGGUGUGUCAAUUCUCGCGUUACACGCACAAAUCGGCCUAGGAAAAGUACAAUAGUGUUGCGGAUUUUGGAGUUCUUCUCGUGAAAAUCCAAAUUUUUGCAGGGAAAAGUGUACGUGUUCGACAAAGUGUUCAAACCGAACACGACACAAGAGCAAGUGUACAAAUGGGCCGCCUAUCACAUCGUGAAGGAUGUUUUGUCCGGCUACAACGGCACCGUGUUCGCCUACGGUCAGACGUCGUCCGGAAAGACGUACACGAUGGAGGGAGUCAUCGGCGACGGCAACCUUUCGGGCAUCAUCCCGCGCAUCGUCGCCGACAUCUCCAACCACAUCUACAAAAUGGACCAGGACCUCCAGUUCCACAUCAAAGUCUCCUACGAGAUUUACAACGAGAAGAUUCGCGAUCUGUUGGACCCGGAAAAAGUGAAUUUGUCGAUUCACGAGGACAAAAUGCGCGUUCCGUACUUGAAGGGCGCCACCGAGCGAUUCGUCGGCAGUCCCGACGAAGUGCUGCAGGCGAUCGAGGACGGCAAGUCGAACCGGAUGGUCGCCGUCACCAGUAUGUGCCCCUCAACAAUUCUAGUCUCCUAAACUGAAAAAGAGGCGGGAAAUUCGAUAUUGCUAUGUUUUUCCAAGAAAAACGUGGGAGUUGCAGAUUUGGUGUGCAUUUUAAACUGAAAACGGGCGGAAUUAGUUGAGAUAUGAGCACGGACCUUAAAAUGCUCGAUUUUCAGUGAUUUCACUAUCAAACUGUUCCGAAAUUUCCAGUUGUGGAAAGCCAUGAAAACAUUAGGAACCAGAGAAAAUUGCAAAUUUGCAGACCUGAACAAGCACUCCUCCCGCUCGCACUCGGUCUUCCUGAUCACCGUCAAACAGGAGCAUCAGACGACGAAAAAGCAGUUGACGGGCAAGUUGUACCUCGUCGAUUUGGCCGGAUCGGAGAAAGUGAGCAAGACGGGCGCGCAGGGAACCGUGCUAGAGGAGGCCAAAAACAUUAACAAGUCGCUGACGGCGCUCGGAAUUGUCAUCUCGGCGCUGGCCGAAGGAACCAAGUCGCACGUGCCGUACCGUGACUCGAAACUGACGCGCAUUCUGCAAGAGUCGCUCGGAGGAAACUCGCGGACUACGGUCAUAAUUUGCGCGUCGCCGUCGCACUUCAACGAGGCGGAGACCAAGUCGACGCUGCUGUUCGGACAGAGAGCCAAGACGAUCAAGAAUGUGGUGCAGGUGAACGAGGAGCUGACGACCGAGGAGUGGAAGCGCCGAUACGAGAAGGAGCGCGAGAAGGUACGCUUUUUGGUGUAAUUGCCCUUUUGGACAAGAAAAAUUUUUUUCAAGUGAUUUUUGUGUAAAAUGAAUGAUUUUUAGGUGACCCGCCUGUCAACCCUUCUCCAAGCAGCCGCCCUGGAACUCUCCCGCUGGAGAGCCGGCGAAUCAGUGUCCGAAUUGGAAUGGAUCAACCUGUCGGAGACGGCGCAGAUGGCAGUCUCGGAAGUGUCGGGCGGUUCCACUCCACUUAUGGAAAGAUCGAUCGCGCCCGCACCGCCGAUGCUCAUCUCCGGCAACGGACCGAUCACGGACGAGGAGAAGAAGAAGUACGAGGAGGAGCGGGUAAAGCUGUACCAGCAAUUGGACGAGAAGGACGACGAGAUCCAGAAGGUGUCGCAGGAGGUCGAGAAGCUCCGACAACAGGUGCUUCUGCAAGAGGAGGCUUCUUUCUGA